CCCUCUCCUGCAUCCACAUACAGAAAGCAACAGGUCUAAAUCCUGUCUGUGCACGGCUGUGCAAAGCUUGUGGUUGCUGUGAACAAAAGGCCUGAUUCAUUUCUUUUCAUGCAUUGUUCCUGAAUUUCUCCAAACUGGAGCAAUGAUGUUUCGGGCAGCAGUCGAGCAUGCUAAGAAGCACCCUGGUCUCAUCCCCCAGUUCUUUAUCUGUUUGGGAAUGGGUGGAGCAUCCUUAUAUCUGAUCCGACUGGCCAGAGGACCCCAUGUUACCUGGGACAAGACCAAUAACCCAGAACCAUGGAAUAAGCUUGACCCCACAUACCAAUACAAGUUUGUUGCCAUCACCACAGACUACAAAAACUUGAAGAAGGAGGGACCCGACUUCUAAAUCUUCCAAACCAGAGUGGAAAAAAAAACAUCACUGAAGAUCCUGAUCUUGGGUCAGAUUAAUCUCCCCUGCACUUCCUAACCUUCCCACUGCAGGAGAGUGAAAUGGAUUCCAGAUCAGGAUGCGUCUUUAGUGCCUCUGAGCCUGUGUGAUGUUUGCAAAGCUGCUGGUGACCUGGUUGAUGUGACCAGAAUUGUUGGUGGAAAAAAUGCAUUUCUCCAUAUAUGCACACACACUCAGCCUUCAUCAUACUAAGGAGUAACCAAGAACAUCUGGUGACACGUUGCUGGCAACUUUCCAGUAGUUUUGCAUGUUUAGACAAGCCCACCAAAUUGGCCUGUUUGAGAAAGUUUCAUGUUAUUCAAAUAUUUCUAUGUAAACACAUGUGCACUGUGUGAAAAUAUACCAAGGGUGUAGGGGAUCCAGGGUUAUGCGAGAGCUGUUUUUCGUGUUAGACAGAAAUCAACUGAGCUGCCUUUUAGAAGAAAAAAAAGUUUAAAAAAAAUGUAUCCAUAAAUGAUUGGACAUAAAUGUAGAAUAAGGAGCUAAAACCUGCAAAUGCUUUGUUAUGCUUUCUGCUGUUUGCUUUCAGUUACUGAAGAUUAUAAUGGAAGCUUCUAUAUUAAUUCUUCCUCUUUUUAAAUGUUUUCUUAUUAAUUCUGCACGUGAGGAGCUUUAAUUAUACCAGCUUUUCAUAAAAUCACACUGGCCUAUUGUGCUGCAACACACUAAAGGUCAAAUUAGUGUGACCGGAGUGCAUGUAUUUCUUCAUAACUGUCACAUGAUUGUAGGUUUAGCGGCCACCAAACUCAGCAAUGACUGUGUAAGUUAUGGAAAAAGCACAGAUGCAUUAACUUUGCUGGAUUAUUUCAAUAAAUAAAAUAUCUUAUUCGUGUUUA